UGCAAUUAGUUUGUGAUGAUUUAAAAUAUAUUCGAUUUGCAAACUUUGGAUGGCCAGGAUCAGUUACAGAUUCAACAGCAUACAAAUCUACUCCACUAUUUAAUAAUGCUAAUAAGUUCUUUAGUAAAGAUGAAUAUUUACUUGCAGAUUGUGGUUAUCAACUUACUCCAACUACAAUUAUUCCUUACAAACAACCACAAGCUAGUAUUUCUGAAAAUACUUUUUUUAAUGAAAUACUUGCUAAAGAACGUGUUAAAAUUGAACAUGUUAAUGGAAUUUUAAAGGGAAGAUUUGGAUGUUUAAAUGGUAUAAGAACUCAAAUUAUAUCAAAAAAAAAUUUAAAAUUCGUUUUAGAUACUAUAAAGGCUACAAUUAUUCUUUAUAAUUUAGCAUUAAAUAAUAAUGAUAUUUGGGAGGAAAUUUUAAUUGAAACUAAUUUAAAUUUAAUAAAUUCUGAAAGUUUAAUAGAUAGAAAUUUAAAUGAAGCUGGAAAAAAAAUGCGAAAAAAUAUACAAAAUAUU